AUGGUACUACAGCUGCAUGUAUGGGGCCCGGCCUUUGACCUGCCCUCAAUUGACGCACAAUGUCUUUCUGUCAUCGCAUACUGCUCCGAGGUUCUUCCCAAGGACUCGUGGGAGCUGGUCGCGACCAGCGAUCCCUCCGUGUCCCCAACCGGUGAACUCCCAGCUCUCCAAAAUGGAUCAGUCUGGGUAAGUCGAUUCCGCAAUAUUGUCGACUACCUCCGCCAAUGGUCAGAGGAAACAUGUCACCUGGAUCAAUUCUUGAACAACGUCCAACAUGCCGAUAGCGUGGCCUUCUCCUCCUUCAUCGAAUCCCGCGGCCAACCCCUCAUCGACCUCUCCCUCUACGUAACAAGCCAAAAUUACUACGCAAACACAUCCCCAGCCUACGGCGCCCUCCUCCAGUGGCCAAACCAAUGGAUCCUGCCCCCAAAGCUCCACGCCGCCGCAAAAGCCCGAACAGACCACCUAGGUCUCUCCUCCCUAGACCUCCAAGCAAUGGAAGACCAGCGCAAACGCGACCACUCAGCAGCAGUCGCAGCCGGCCAAAUCCCCGCAACCCUCAUCCAACAGCCCAAAGAAACAGUUUCCAAGCUCCUCGGCCGAACAGCAAAAUCAAACCACUUCCGCCUUGAGGCCCUAACAGCCGACUUCUUUGAACCCCUCGAAGCAAUGCUCGCUUCCAAACCAGUACUCCUCCCAGCUGACGACGAAAACUCCCCUUCCUCCCUCGACUGCCUCGCUAUCGGUUACCUCUCCCUGGCUCUCCACCCGGACCUGGCGUUCCCCUGGCUGCGCGAUGCAAUGCGCGCCAAGGCCCCCCGCCUCACGGCUUACACAGAGAGAAUGCGCUCUCGCGUGUUUGCCGCGCUGCCGUGCCGCGAGCCCGCGCGGAUAUCUGUUUCCGCCGUUGGCUCGACCCUGCUUAAUAUGUUGGCGGAUAAUACGCCUAUCCUGAGGGAGGUCAGGGCUAAUAGGAGGUUGAAGAGUGCUGCUCAAGCGGAUGAGAAUUUUAGUCCUAUACAGAAGCUUGCGCUUUUUGAUUAUGCUAGCACCAAGGAUAAAGAUAGAUGGGUAUCUAUUGCUUCAGUUGUUGCUGGAGGUGUGGCUUUGGUUGGGUAUAUGGUUCAUGUGGGAUUGAUCUCUUUUUCCGGGCGUGUGGAAGAAGACGAGCAGGAAUUGGAGCAAGAGUUUGAACCUGCAGAGGUUCUUCAUUUGCCGGCUGCUGACUUCUUGAGUGCAUUGUAG